AUGGAGUCCCCCUAUGGCAUGGCCCUGGACCGCAGCCAGUCGGCCAUGAGCGGCCUGGAGAGGGCCAACGUGGGCUGGGUCAAGCAGAACCACUCACGGAGCAGCAGCACUGCCUCCUCUCGACACUCACGCACGCACAUAAAAGACUGGGAGUUCAUGGAUGAUCUUCACAUGGACAUGGGCACCGGUGUGGACGAGCUGACCGUGCCUGGCAUCUGCGAGGGCUACCUCAUGAAGAGACGGAAAUGGCCCCUCAAGGGCUGGCACAAGAGAUAUUUUGUACUGGAUAAAGGGAUCCUCAGGUAUUCUCGAACACAGCAUGACUAUAUCAAAGGGAAACUUGGUGGGUGCAUGGAUGUGAGCCUUUCUGUCAUUACCAUCAACAAGAAAUCGAGACGCAUCGACUUGGACGCAGGAGAUACUCUGUAUCACAUAAAGGCAAAGGGCCAUGACUUAUUCUACAUCUGGGUGACCAAGCUGAUUGCUCACCGUGUAUUCAAGAGGAACGAGAUGACGCAUGUCCAGAAUGGCUUCCUUCAGGCUCUCUCUCAGGGCACUCACGGAGUGGGAUCUCAGAGAAACGGAGCCAUGCCAGACGUGCAGAGCACCUCUGGGUCAUGUGCUGGAGAGGGAUCCGACCUGCCUGCAGUUACCACGGCCGUGAAUGGGAAAGUGUCUGCAUGGCUGCAGCAAACCCAUGACCACAACAGCUGUGCACAAGAACUCCACCGGGUUCAGAUGGACCUCAGUGAGCUGACCCGGCUUGUGCAGAAGCUGCACGCCAUGGACGCAGGGCCAGCACUCAACAACGGAGAACUGCAACGCAUCAUCAGCGUGCAGAAUCUUUCCCUGGAGAAGCCGUCGGAAAAGAAGAAGAAGUCUGCGAAGAUGUGGGGUCACUCUCGCACCCUCUCCAGAGUGGAGACACUAGGCAUGCUAUCCUCAAGCCAGCUGCAUAACCCGUCCAACAUGGGUACCUCGGUGCCGUCCAUCCCUGACUAUGUGUACUCCCAGUUAGCCCCUCCGGCCAUCAUUGCCCCCGACGGGAAGAAGCUGCACAUGGACAUCUGCACAGUCUCCCAGAGAGUCCAUAACUCCCUGAAGAUGGUCCAUGAGUCGUUGUCUCAGGAGAGGCAGAGACUGCAGGAGGCCUGGAACAGCGGGGAGCCGCUGCCACCGGACACCCAGCGCCUGGGGACACUAUUGCCUACUACCGACUCCAGUCGUCGCUCUUCUCAGCGUGCGCCAUCGGUGGCGGACUCCACCGCAGAGUAUUUUGACGCCAGCGAUGACGUACUGUGUGGGACCUCGUCUGAGGAAUCCGAGACCGGCUCAGGCCUCAGUGAUGGCACCAGCAACUCAGAGCCAGAGGAAGUCCAUGAAUCCACCACCAGGAAAUACCGUGCCAGCCUCUCCAAGGCGCGCAGCAAGACCGACUCCGUGCCCAGGAGCACGGGCCGACGCACCACCCUGCCCGCCCACUGCCCGGACAACAGCCACAUCGGCCUCAUGUCCAUCCUGUACAACAACAUUGGCAAGGACCUGUCUCGCAUCUCCAUGCCGGCCGCGCUCAACGAACCCAUAAACCUGCUGCAGAGGCUGUGUGAGGAGCUGGAGUACUGCGAGCUGUUGGAUACGGCCAGCAACACCGAAGACCCCUUCGAGAGAAUGGUCUACAUCGCUGCCUUUGCCAUCUCUGGCUAUUCCAUUGCUGCUUACCGUAACGGCUACAAGCCCUUCAAUCCUGUCCUGGGGGAGACGUUCGAAUGUGUGCGGGAAGAUCGGGGCUUCCGAUUUAUUAGCGAACAGGUCUGCCAUCACCCUCCUAUUUCAGCUGGUCAUGCAGAGUCAGAGAACUUUUCCUUCUGGCAAGAUCAGCGAUGGAAGAACAAGUUCUGGGGGAAGUCAGUGGAAAUUAUGCCAGCUGGAUUGGUUAAUGUUUCUCUUCCAAAGCGUGGUGAUCAUUACGAGUGGAAUAAGGUGGUGACCUGCAUCCACAACGUGCUGAGCCAACAGCGCUACCUGGAGAACUACGGCGAGGUCACCAUCCGCAACCUCAAGAGCAACGUCUGCACCUGCAAAAUCACCUUUGUCAAGUCUCGUUACUGGGGCUCGGACGCCAAUAAGAACGAGGUGCAGGGCCAGGUGCUGGACCAGGCGGGCAGGGUGGUGCACCGCUUUGGUGGCUUCUGGCACGAGGGCAUCUUCUGUGACACCCUCCCCAACCCUCAGUGCAUUUGGAAGCCAAAUCCUCAGCCUAAAGACCACCAGCUGUACUUCGGCUUCUCGAGCUUCGCCAUGGAGCUGAACGAGCUGACGCCAGACCUGAAGGGUCUUCUGCCUCCCACAGACACGCGGCUAAGGCCAGACCAGAGGUUCCUGGAGGAGGGCAGGAUAGAGGACACAGACAGAGUCAAAGACGAGAUUGAGGAGCGGCAGAGGCUACGCAGGAAAAUGCUGGAAGGCAAAGGGGAGGACCAUGUGCCUCGAUUCUUCAGGAAAACAUUGGACUCUGCAGGGCGGGAGGUGUGGGUAACCAAUGGAAGCUACUGGAAGCUUCGCGAGGACCCAGGAUUUGCCAACAUUAACAACACCGAACUGUGGUGACAUAGUGGCGAAUUGAGGACAUGAAGGAUAUAUCUCGUUUUUUUCUUGCAUCAUUUUUUUUCUUCAGUUUUCUUUGUUUCUCUCUUUUCACUGUGCUUGUCAUUCUGCUUUUUGUUUCUUUUUCAGUUUGUUUUUCCUUUUAUUUCACUUUCUUUUCUUUCUUUUUCUCUAUUUGUUGAGCACGGAUGAGAAGCCUUAUGAGGUGUUGAUUCUCCUCAGAAAGGGCAGUGCUCUGUCGAACGGAAUGUGGGUUCUUUUCUGUGGGUUCUUUUCUAACUUUCAUAGGCCACCAUCAAAGAGAAAGCAGGAUUCUUUCUCUGGGUGGAGAGGAGUGUUUUUAAUGAUGAAAAAAGGAUGACACAGUGGGAUUGUCAUGAAGUGAUAAAGAAUCAUCAAACUUUCAGGGAGAAACACACACACAGGACUCUAAAUCCUAUCAGGAAGUAUUUGUUGUGUGGAGAGCACGUUAUUUUCUCUUCGUUCAGAUGUUUAUUUUUUAAAAUGAUUUUAUAUGUUUGUGACAAAUGGUUUGCUUUUUUUGUUAAUUUAUCAUGACAACAUUUGUGGAUCAAAUUAUAAGGAGGGAAGCCUGUUUUAAAAAACCCUAUUCAUUCUAUUGAACUUUGCUCCUAAAUAGCCAUUUGUUUUGGAGAUGAGCAUUCCCAGGUAGGAAGCUCAAACGCUCCAACUGCUCCCGUCCUUGUUGCUUAUGGUCUUCUGAUGCAAGACUCAACAUAAUUAAUGAUCUAAGUGUUUUUCAAUAUCGCUAAAGCACAAUUUAAAGGUCAUCUUCUCAUCUGCAAUUGGGAUGUUUAAUGGGGAAAAGCCCCCAAAAAUCGCUUUGCCUCGGUUGACUGCGUGGAAACUUUGUUUUCUCCACGGAGGCGGGGUGACACCGAGGCAAGAUAAAGCAACCAACAGGGAAGGAC